AGCACUUCACUCACAUUACUCCACUAUUUCAAGUUCACCGUCCCACUGUGUUUUUGUUGUUUGUUAAUUUACCACGAUGCUUCCUGCAACUGCAGUUUUUCAUUUCCCCUGGGAGGUAAACUCCGGAUCAGUGCAGGAAGGAGAGUCAGUGAGAACAUUUGGCAGACUUGUCUGCUAUCAGCCAGAGGAGUCCAAAGCUACACUGUCAGCCCAGUAUGCUUCAAAAGAGCACCAUGUGGUUGUCCACACAUUGUUUGUGGAGCCUUUUAACCCAAUAAUUGGAGCUCAGUACAUAGUACUGGGUGAAACAGAAAAUGCAGAGGGGGUUGGUGUGAUGGUCCGUGCCCGUGUGCUGAACUGUGUUGAUGGUGUAAACAUUGCCCUUCUACAGAAAGCCAUCAAUGAGCAAAGAAGCUUCUUCAGGGAGAGGGAGUGUAAGCAGGGUGGAGCUGCUCAGCCUGCAGAUGCAAUCUGAUCAGGGUCUUCAUUCAUCAAAGUUCCCAGGGUGCUUGUUUACUGUCAGGGCCACAGCAACGGCUCAUAAGCUGGAGUGCUGUUAUGUGAGCUCCAGUGAACUGUAAGACUGUUUGUUUGGUUAAGUGUUACAGCCAUGGGUCUACUUUUAUCAGUUUAUAAGUCGAUCUUGUCAAUGUCUGGCCUUAACAGGGUUCUGCACUUUAUUAGGGGUUACAAUUACCCAAAUGAAUGGACUGGUACAUCAUGUUUGGCUAAUGAAGAACCAAGCACAUGUUUUGGGUCUGUAACUUAUGAAUACGAUGCAUUUUUUAGUCAUGUCCCUUGGUGUUCAGGCAUAAUAACAGUAGUUUUUCUGUGCUGCUCUUUAUAUGGUGAAAGUUACCAGUCUUAACAUUCUUGAUGUAACUUUUUUUUUUUUUAAUUAUAUCUUUAUUUGGAACGGGCAGAAUAGUACAUCUACAUGGCAUCAACAAUAAAGCAGAAAUAAAUGCCAUUCCAGUUUUUGUUUUAAAUACAGAAAAUGUGCAACAUCAGACUCAGGGCUUAUAAGUCCAAAGAGUGUACAGUCACAAAUCGGGGGUCAGACCCUGUUCGAUCUAUGCAGAUCCCACUCUCCUGUAGUAACAUAAACUACGUGAGCUUGGUGUUAGAUUCAAAUCAGUGGGAGCACAGUUAUCUUCUUUAGGCCCAUGUUGAUAAACUUGAUGUAACUUUAUGGUCUGAUAUAAUUCACAAAUACUUUAAAAAUGUGUUACAAUAGAUAUGCCAUGUCAUGUAUUAUAGAUAAAAACCAAACUAUGUAAAUAUAUUCUACUGACAUUAAAAUGGCAAAGAUUUAAAAUUGUAUGCAGAAAAAUAAAUGCGAAACCCAGGUAUA